AAGUCGACCAAUUGAAUUCCACCGAGUAAGAUAAACAUCGCCUCCAACGAAGCCCAACAAGAAGAGUAUUUUCCUUUUACGACAAGAGCGCUGAAAUGGUCACCGCUUGAAUCUUUCUGCCUACUGCCACCUUUUCUUCACUGAGAUCGCCACCCAGUUCAGUCCCAAUAUUUCGCGCCCAUAAGCUCGCAACCCACGCUGUUUAUGACAAAAUCCACCGCCCAAACAUGUCGCGAUUAAAGCUUCAGCCGCGCAGAGCCCUUCAGGCUGAAGCUCACCACCAGGUUCUGGUCCAGGACUAGAGUAACAUCUUCAAGCAGUGAUCUUCUCUGUCUAGUGCCGUCGCUCCGCUCGCGGCAAAGUGCCAAUACAAGCCCUCGGAUAGACGACAUAAUCCACUUCAAGCUUGAUGAGCAACAUACUGCAAAGUUGCGUUAACGUUGCGCCAUGAAAAAUUCGAAACCGUAAUCCCUUUCUAAUCCAAUACUGCCCAGCUCUAUCGCUUUCAAUGUUCCCCCUUGAAGCUGCGCCCGUGAACGUUGUCAACUGUCACACCCCAAAGAGAAGCCCCAAAGACCGAGAGACGCCCAUGAGCUACCAGGUGUCGUCCGUCUUCCUGCAAAAGUUCUCGCCCAAAGAGAUCCACGAGCUCAAGCGCGUGUUCAAGGAGCACGACCGCGACUACGCGGCUGCUGUGCCCGUAUCCGAGCUACACACGGUCCUGCAGAAGCUGGGCGAGAAUGUGACGCCCAAUCAGACCACCGUCAUGCUGCAACAGACUAAGCUGGCUAGACCCGAGCAGAUCUCGUUCCAGGAGUUCCUGGAGCUUCUGCACGAUUUCCGCAAUGGAGCGAUCGCUCUGGACCCAGCGCUGCUCAUGGGUCACGCGUCAGUGGCCCCCACACCCGUCGCACAGGCCGCGCAGACCGCCGCUCCUAUUGCCCCUGAGCCCACAGCGACCGUGGAGACAACGCCAUUCUUUUCUAGCCAAAAGACGGUAUCUCAGACGCCUGAGUCGACGCCACAAGCGCCAGUUUUCGCUCAAAAAGCGCAAUGGCCACCUGCAGGAACGCCCACGACCCCUGCAGCGGCUCCUGCUCCCGCUGCGAGUAAGCCACAAUGGCCACCUGCUGCCAACCAAGCUGCGUCAUGGGGACACACGCCGUCGUCAGCUCCACAGCCUGCAGCUCCGACUGCAGCGCCUACACAUACAAAGCCACAGUGGCCUCCUGCAGGAUCCAGCGAAUCCAAGCCACAGCGGCCUCCUGCUGCGUCUACACCUGCUGCUCCUGCGGCUACUCCUCCCUCUGCAACCUCAAAAUGGCCGCCUGCCGGUGAUAAGAGCCCCACGAAGCCUCAGUGGCCUCCUGCAGGGACGUCGCCAAGUGCUUCGAAGCCGCAGUGGCCACCAACCGCUGCACCAGUUGAAUCUGCACCAAAGAGUCCCGUAUCUAAACCCCCGCAAUGGCCGCCAGCUGGAAACGGAUCUGCCAAGCCUCAGUGGCCUCCUAGCUCGCCGUCUCCUGCUCCAGUGGCCUCAAGUCCCUCAGAAACUCCGAAACGUGCUCAGUGGCCGCCUGCAGCUAGUACACCGCCACCGCCAGCUCCAGUGGUUCGCACGCCUCCGCGCUCUCCCGUGAAACCUGCUCCAACCUCGCCUGCAUCGGAGUACGUCGGUGGCGUCGACGCCCACACUUUGAGUGUGCUACAGCGUCGUGCGAGUGCUGCAGCACAGUACAACUCGACAAUCCACGAGGUGAAGGGCACUGCUGGUGGUCUGCACUCAUACUCAGAGGAAGAGACUGUCGCCUUCACAGAGCAUAUCAACAACACUCUGCAAGCAGACAAGGAUGUGGCGUCGUUGAUGCCUAUCAGUAUGGAUGCCGGUCUGUUCCGAGCUGUGUGCGACGGCGUACUACUGUGUAAACUCAUCAACCGGGCUGUACCCGAGACGAUCGAUGAACGAGCUCUCAACUUCGUGAAGCGCUCGAAAGAACUGAACGUGUACCAGAAAACAGAGAACCAGAACUUGUGCAUCAACGCAGCCAAGAGUAUCGGCUGCAGUGUGGUGAAUAUCGGUCCUGACGACUUGAUCGAAGGCAAACCGAUCCUGGUCUUGGGACUGGUAUGGCAGAUCAUCAAGAUCCAACUGACGUCGACUAUUAACUUGAAGAACCACCCAGAACUGAUGCGACUGCUACUGGACGGAGAGACGUUGGAGGAGUUCAUGAAGCUCCCGCCUGACCAGAUUUUGCUGCGAUGGAUGAAUUACCACUUGAAGGCAGCAGGUCACCCCAAGAAGGUGACGAAUUUCAGCACAGACGUGCAGGAUGCGACGGCGUACAGCGUUCUACUGCAUCAUAUCGCUCCUCAGCACUGCGACUUGUGCACGGAGUCUAUCCCAGAGGAACGUGCAGCUCACGUGAUCCAGAACGCUCGUCGUCUGGAGGUCGAGACGUUCAUCAAGCCUCGUGAUAUCACCAGUGGCAACCCGAAGCUGAACAUGUCGUUCGUGGCCCAGCUCUUCAACACCUGUCCAGCCUUGGAUGUGAUUGAGGAGGAGAUCAAACAGUUAGAGGAGAUUCUGUACGAUGACGUUGGCGACACGCGCGAAGAGCGUGUGUUCCGUAUGUGGAUCAACUCUCUGGCUAUCGACGACGUGUACAUCAACCACUUGUACUCGGACUUGAGUGAUGGCAUGAAGCUGCUCAAGGUGCUGGACAAGAUCCAGAAGGGGAUUGUGGCCUGGAACAAGGUCAACAUGGUGGCUCCCAACAAGUUCAAGCAGGUGGAGAACUGCAACUACUGCGUCGUACUAGGCAAGCAGCUCAAGUUCUCGCUCGUGAACGUUGGAGGCGCCGAUAUCUUCGAAGGCGCCAAGAAGAUGAUCCUGUCGAUCGUGUGGCAGAGUAUGCGGUACCAGCAACUUAAGAUCUUGAGUGAACUCGCAGCCGGUCGAGGCGAGAUCACGGACAAGGACAUCAUCGGGUGGGCCAACAACAAGGUGCGUCAGAGCGGCCGGGCAAAGGGCAACAUCGUGUCGUUCAGGGACCCGACGCUGUCCGACGGUCUGUAUCUGCUGGACUUGGUGCAUGCAGUGGAGCCGCGUGCCGUGAACUGGGACAUGGUCUCGCAGGACAAGACGGACGACGCCAAGUCCAGCAACGCCAAGUACGCCAUCAGUUGCGCCCAGAAGAUCGGCGCGACGGUCUUUUUGACGUACGAGGAUAUCGUGGAAGUCAAGCCCAAGAUGAUGAUGACGUUCGUGGCUAGUCUCAUGCUCGUGGACCACCAACGCGCAUAGGAAGGUUGACUUGGAUGAAUGCAGUGAAGGAGAGCUGCUAGACUACCGUAGUUGGAUUAAUCGAAAAAAAAAAAUGUUUUAAACAUGUGUUACGUACAUGGGUACAAAUA